AUGAGCAACCUUCCCAACACCAUUAACCUUGAAGCUGACACUUCUGGCAAAAUGUGCUCAAAUUCCAGUGGCACCAACAACGAAUGGAAUGAGACAAAGGCAGAUGAGGUGUACUUCAUUGAGACAAAAACGAAGUUCAACCUUCAUCACUGCUUCAGAAUCUUGGCUAGACACCCAAAAUGGAAGUCAAGUGUUCCAGCCAAAAAGAAGGAAAGUAAUUCCAAAGUGGCGGCCUCUGCCCCUAACCCAAUUGGUGAGGGUAUAGACGAAGAGAAGUUUUCAGCUCGUUCAGCUGGAAGAAAGUUUACCAAGGAGCAAGAGGCGACUAAAAGAAAGCAGGAGAAGAAUGUUGAGAGGUUGAUUGCGUUGCAUUCAGAAAGUAUUGCAAAGGGUGAUGAGCGCAAGAAGCUCCUAAAAAAGACUAUGGAGUCUAACGUCUUGGUGGUAAAUGCCAUAAGAGAGACAAACGCCGUCCUUCAAAGGACUCAGGACAUAAAGGUUCUGUUGAUCAAUACUUCUUUGAUUGCAGAUCCUGUCAGCCGUCAGAUGAUGUUGGACUUGAAGAAGGAGGUAUAG